AUGACGUCAGCAGGCGGCGCCGCUGCCAUGGCGGCCGCGGCUGAGGGCGAGGAGCGGCGGCGGCUCCUCCGCGCCGUGACCCGGCUGCAGGCCGCUGCCAGGGGGUUCCUGCUGCGGAAGCGGCUCCGGGGGCUGCGGGAGGAGUUCGAGGCCGCCGUGCUGGAGAUCGAGGGGAGCCUGGGGCAGCUGCGCUGGAGCGGCCGCGUCCUGCAGACACCGAGCUUCGGGCCCCAGCCCUCCCCAGGAAAGGCCUUGGAUCCAGGGGAUGCUGUAAAGAAUGAGACCAUUCCCAAAAAAACCCUGAAGAAGCCGGAUCCCCCUGGAGCAGAACGGGCUGGGAGCUUUGGGAACAUCCCCUCCUCAGCCCCUCUGCCCAGUGGGACAACCCCAAAACCCCCAAAUUUGGGGUCUGGUGCUGAUAAAAACCUGGAAAAGGAGAGAAGAGCCCCGGCAGGGAGCCAGGAGUGGGACAAGAAAUGGGACAGCAGCCACCUCAGAGCCAGCCCAGAAAUCCCAGCAGACCUGCAGGGCCUUUCCCGCUCGGAGCUGCAAUCCCACAGGAAGCACCUGCUGAUGGAGCUGCUGUGGAUCCAACAGGCCAUUGCCAGCAGGAAACACUUCCUGAUGCUGAAACAGAAGCUGGGAAUUCCCAACCACUCUGGAAUUCCUGAGUUUUUGGAUUGGUGUGGAGAAGCUCUGGAGCAGCAGCACAAGUCCUGAUGUGACAGUGGCAGCUCCAGCUCCCUGGGAUGUUUCUGACUCCAGAAAAACGUGGGAAGAAAAAUCCUUUUUGUGGAUUUUUGGUGCAAGCAGGAUGAAUCAUCAGCCAGGGGGUGGUGGAGUGUCCUGCAGGGAUCCAUCCAUGAGAUCCCUGUUUUUCCUUGGCUGAGCUGGAUGAUCCAAGUGGGAAAUGGAGCAUUUUCACUUCCAGCUGGUGCUUUUGGUGCUGGAGUGGCUGAAGGCAGCAGGGAGCUGCAGGAAGGAGCUCCUCCCACAGAACUGUGUGGAUUCCACGUGGGAUGUAUUUGGGAUGGCUCUGCAAUAUCCAGCAUCUCCACAGGGGGGAUUUUUGGGAACACUGAAGUGCUGAGUGGGGAGGAGUCCCUGUGCAGGUGGGGAGGGAGGGAUGAGGAUCAUUCCUUCUGAUCCCUGGGAUGAGAAUUAUUCCUGUCUGAUCCCUGGGAUGAGACUCAUUCCUGUCUGAUCCCUGGGAUGAGGAUCAUUCCUUCUGAUCCCUGGGAUGAGGCUCAUUCCUUCUGAUCCCUGGGAUGAGAUUCAUUCCUUCUGAUCCCUGGGAUGAGGCUCAUUCCUUCUGAUCCCUGGGAUGAGGCUCAUUCCUGUCUGAUCCCUGGGAUGAGGCUCAUUCCUUCUGAUCCUUGGGAUGAGGCUCAUUCCUUCUGAUCCCUGGGAUGAGAUUCAUUCCUUCUGAUCCCUGGGAUGAGAUUCAUUCCUUCUGAUCCCUGGGAUGAGGAUCAUUCCUUCUGAUCCUUGGGAUGAGGCUCAUUCCUGCCUGAUCCCUGGGAUGAGACUCAUUCCUUCUGAUCCCUGGGAUGAGACUCAUUCCUUCUGAUCCCUGGGAUGAGGCUCAUUCCUUCAGAUCCCUGGGAUGAGGAUCAUUCCUUCAGAUCCCUGGGAUGAGACUCAUUCCUGUCUGAUCCCUGGGAUGAGACUCAUUCCUGCUCAUCCCUGGGAUGAGGCUCAUUCCUUCUGAUCCUUGGGAUGAGGCUCAUUCCUGUCUGAUCCUUGGGAUGAGGAUCACUCCUCCCUUUCCUCUGGCUCUGGGAAUUUUCUCCUGGGGCAGAGCCAGGAAAGGACCUGGUGCUUUGUCAAUUCCUUCAGCUCAGGGAUGUUCCAGGUCCCUCAGAAAGGGAUUUCCCACGUGGUGCUGUGGUUCCCUGCCCUGACCCUUGUGUGGACACAAGAUGUGAAUCCUUCUGUUCUGGAAUUAUUUUUAUUGUUUGGAAAUAAAAAAAUACAACAGCUUUUCCUGAUGUUGAA